CACCACUGUUACUGUAGUUCAGUCAUUGGAGGAUCAGUGACAGAGAUGGCUCGUCUCACCUUUCUUCUUCUGCUGUGGGUCGGCGUUGCAGUGAGCACAGUGGUAGAUCUGCAGAAGAGAAUCAUCAGAGGUCAUCGAUGUGAUCGUUAUUUCCAUGUCAGAUUUCAAAUGACUUCACCUAAUGGGAAUUACGCCUUGUGUGGAGGCUCUCUGAUCAGUGAACGGUGGAUUCUGACUGCUGCUCACUGCCUCCUGCCAGGAAGGACCAUAUUUGCAUUUUUAGGUGUAGGUGAUGCUGCUCAAAGAGUCCAAAUCACAGCAAAUCCUGUGAUCUACACCACCAACAACAGACAACAUGACCUCAUGCUGCUGCAGCUACCUCCAAACCUAAACCUAAACCCUAACAUUCAGCCUAUAGCUCUUCCUAACUGUGGAAAUCAACCCAGACAUGAUCGUCAUCAUACUGUUGAGAUAGCAGGACAUGGUGCCAUCGUUGCGGACUGGAAUAAUUAUAAUGAAAGGAGACCUCGUGUAGUACCAGAUCUCCACUGUGCAGACAUCCCAGUUGUUGACUGUACAGACUACAGACAUCAUUUGCAGACAAAUUUCCCAAACUUUUACCAAAACAAAAACUACCAACACUGGUUCUGUGGCCAAAGCCCUACAGUGGAUGCAUGUCAUGGAGACUCUGGGGGAGGAGUGGUGUAUAAUGGCCAGAUCUACGGUGUCUUUUCUUUUAGUGGAGAUAAUCAGUUUGCAUGUGCUCAACCAGCUGCUUUUAUGAACCUCUGCCAUCCUGAGUACAAUGCUUGGAUCACUAGGAUCCUAACAACUGGAUAAAAAGCUUUAAGGUGUGACUAAGUGUAAACAGACUGAAAUGCUUUCAUCAUAUAUAUGUUGCUUUAGAUUCCAUCUUUGCAAGAACUGUUUUGCUAAUUUAUCUUUCUGCACAGUAGAAUUUGCUGGUCAAAGGUCAAAGGCUG